AUGUCGUUUGCUUCGCUCCGGCGGUCCGAUCUGCCGGCUCGAUCCAAGAUCGUGGUGCGAGGCCUUCCGCCUACACUAAGUGAGUCACAGUUCUGGAAGGUGGUGUCGUCCUGGGUGUGUAUGGACGUGGUAGAAGCGCAGGAGCCGCCGCACCCCGCGAGAAGUUCGGCGAUGCAACGUGCGCCGACUGUGGACUAUGGCGAAUACUUCCAGGGGUCUUUGGAUGAACGCCCGAAUGGCAUUCCUACGCCAUCGUAUGCUUACGUGCGCUUCUUGGACGAAAAGUCCAUGUAUACAUUUUUUCGUGAAUUUGACGGCUACGAGUUCCACGAAGGGAAUGCACAAAUUGAAUUUGCUAUGAAUUUUAGGGUUGUGUGGCCAGUCAGUUCGGGCUAUAGAAACUCGACGUUGUCGGAGGAGACAAACACCUACUCUACGCUCGUCGAGGAAAUGCGGGCACUGAAGUUACAGGAGGACACAGCAUCAAAGAAGCUCGCGGAUAAGAAUACAACAAAAGAAUCGCUAGUUACGCUAGUGAGCCGCUCGUUGAAAGAUACGAUAUUGGAUGAUGUGCUGAUGUGGCAAAAAGAAUCCAAUGCUGUGCCAGGACCUGAGGAACAAAAGCGUGUCAAUGAGAAGGCGGUACAGCGCGCAAAAGCGGCACCGCAACGCAGGAUUGAAAGUGAUAAAGUCAUGUCCAAAAAGCGCCCGAGCAAGCCGCAGUCGUUCGGCAAAAAAGCCAAUGCCAGCGCUGCCGACGUGCCACCAACCCCCUCUAAAAUGAAACCCGGCAAAGGAAAGGCAGCACAGCGCAGGAAAAAGACGACAGACGACGCCGACAAUACCAAUGCCCAGACGACACCGUGCAAACCCCCAGCCGAUUUACCUGCACAAACUGAAGCGCUCUCCAAGACCAAACUUAUACCCACAAGACACAAUCCACCACAAAAGCAGGCACACAACCCCGAUACCACCCAAAAGCGCCCGCUCGGUGUUAGCUCGCCACUGUAG